AUGACGCUCAUGAAGGCACUUGUGCUCGAGAAGCCCGGGGAGCUCAAAAUUCGGGAUAUCGAGGUGAAUGACGUGCUGGGAGAUGAUGACGUGCGGGUGAAGGUGCACAGCGUCGGUGUGUGUGGCAGCGACGUGCACUACUACGAGCACGGCCGCAUCGGCCCAUUCGUGGUGAAGGCACCGAUGAUCCUUGGCCACGAGGUGUCCGGCACCGUCACCGCCGUCGGCAGCAAAGUGAAAAACCUCAAGGUGGGCGACCGCGUCGCAAUGGAACCCGGCGUCCCCAACACGAAGUCGGUGCAAACGCUCACGGGCAUCUACAACCUCGACCCCGACCUGACAUUUUUCGCCACGCCACCCGUGCACGGGUGCCUGAGCACGACAGUUAUCCACCCCGCGAUGCUGUGCUUCAAGCUGCCAGACAACGUGAGCUACGAGGAGGGUGCGAUGUGCGAACCAAUCGCCGUCGGCAUGCACGCAGCCACAAAGGCGGGCAUUAAGCCCGGUGACGUGGCACUGGUGAUCGGCUGCGGUACCAUCGGCAUCAUGACGGCUCUGUCCGCACUCGCCGGUGGCUGCUCGGAGGUCGUCAUCUGUGACGUGGUUGAGGAGCGCCUCAAGAUGGUGACGCAGUACAAAGGGGUGCACCCUGUCGUGUCCAAGGGUGACGCGGUGAAGCAGAAGGUGAACGAGCUGACCAAUGGGCAAGGUGCCGACUGUGUCUUCGAGUGCAGUGGCUCUGCUGCGGCAUACCCGAUGAUCUACGAGCACGCAGCGCCAGGGGCGACGGCGGUGUUGAUCGGCAUGCCGGUGGACCCCGUGACAUUCGACGUGGUGGCUGCACAAGCGAAGGAAAUCACGUUCCAAACCAUCUUCCGCUACCGCAACGUGUACCCCAAGAUCAUCAGUCUGCUCAGCUCUGGCAAGCUGAACGUGAAACCGCUGGUGACAGCCAGAUUCAAGUUCAAGGACAGUGUGAAGGCUUUUGAGCGUGCCGCUUCACGGAAGCCAACCGACGUAAAGGUUAUGAUCGAGAUGGAGUAG